AACGUCCAUUUCCUUGUGUUCCGUACCUGCCCAUCAUGCUGGACUCCACGGCAUCCCCGAUGGAACCUUCACGCCACGUAUGAGCCUGAGAAGAUCAAUACUCAAGAGAAUAGGCUCCAGGGUGUCCUUGUCUACUCUGAAAGUUAUUCCCAUAUGCGUAGAACCAGUUUUACCAUCCGUACCUCCGACUAUGAAGAGCUUCGCUUCGAGCGCAUCACUUUCCCUAUAGCUUUCCGCCCUAACACCAUGUGGUCCAUUAAAGAGCAAGUUGAUUUUUUCUUCAAAAACGACUGCUCCGAGCCCAUCUGUGUCUACAAUGGCCAGAAGCUUCAUACUUUCGACAACGUAACUAUUAACCUCAGCGAAAUGAAGCAGGGUGAGAAAUAUGUCAUUGCCCGCGACAACAACAAGAACUCCGCGUCCACUAUUGUUAGUCGGAAAAAGACGGGUGAGAAUUCUGAGACUGAGAUCGAGGUUCUUCUUCGCGACAUUACGCUUCUUAAGCUCACUCCUUCUGUCUAGCGGGGCCAGUUCAAGGUCCGCGUCAAUCAAACCGACAUUAACGUUUCCACCACAGAGGCCCAUGUUCGCCAGUACGCUGACAAGAGUAAACACAUGAUCACCUUCCACGUCGAGGAGCACGAAACGGGCCAGGACACCCUUGUUAUCAGGGUCCACGACAAACGUCUGCGCAUUGUCUACGACGGCAAGGACUUCAAGAUUAAGGUCGCCAACCAUCAGCAGAAGGGCAACAAGCACACUGGCGAACUUACUGGUCCCCGCGGAUGCAACUUUAAGCGCGAAGAACACUUCGUCCGAGCCUUCGAUCUCACUAGCGGAGAGCACAAGCAAAUAGCGGGUGAAUGGUCCUGCCCUGAAGCUAUCUAUCCCCGUGGCGCCCUUCAGAUCGAUAUUUCUAAGAAAUACCAAGAGAAGCAGAUUAUUCAGCAACAGGAUGCUCUUAUGUUCGAGCAGCGUUGGGUCCGCCGUCAGGAGAUGAACUCCAUCGCCCUAGAGACCAAGAUGAUCUCUCUUGCCAGCAAGAUCUGCUUCUCCCUUAAACCCAUCUCCACCUGCAAACAGAGUCUCCACCAAGUUAGCAGUGAAAAGCAGUCCGUUGCCUUUGCCUGCCUUCAGGCCAACAGUCAGCGUACCAUCGAGUUUCAGCAUGAGGUACAGGUCCGGAAAGUUGCCUUCAAUCUUCCCACUACUAUCGCCCGUUUGGGUAGCUCCCAUCUCGUUCACCGUGAGAUUGAGGUUCCUACCCGCUGUUCUCAGUAG